CUUACCAUUGGUUCAUCGUUGAUUAAAGCGCUUGCUCGAUUACUCUGGCUUUGUAGUGGCGUCGGGUGAUGACAGGUUGUCGCUCUCGCGUGUGUAUACUAUGGCGGACGUUUCACAAAUAGCUAGAGUUGCGCAACUUAGCGAAUGAAGUCGAUAACAACGCAUCAAAUGAUUAUGUGUUGUUUAGAUUAGAUGUGCUUAUCGAUGUUUUAGAAGAGCUAUUUGCCGAUAUGGAUGUCGAAGUACAGCCUGAAGUUUUAGGCUCUCUGCUAAAUAUUUCCCAGCACAUUCAAAAUCUGUGCGAGUCAGAUUGUACUACGAUGGGACGUCCAUCGUACUUGCUUCUGAUAAGCACAGUUGAAACUUAUCUCUCAAUGGGCCAAACUGCUGGAAACAUUGCAAAGUUGUUUGGUGUCUGUGAAAGAACUAUCCGGAAUAGGAUGGAGCAACAUGGUUUAAGAGUAAGCGACCUGUUUUCAACUCUGGAGGACGCUGAACUGGAUGCUUUGGUAGAAGAUGUACUAAAGCGUCACCCAAAUGCCGGAUAUAAAAUGAUGGUUGGACAUAUCGGUGCACAGGGCUUUCGAGUACAGAGGCGACGUGUUCAAGAAUCCAUGAGACGUGUGGAUCCUCAGGGUGUCCUUAUGCGCAGUCUUCAACUGAACCCCCUGAGGCGUAGAAAAUACACAGUCCCUGCACCCAACAGUUUAUGGCACAUCGAUGGUAACCAUAAGUUAAUAAGGUGGCGUAUUGUGGUUCAUGGUGGCAUUGAUGGCUUUAGCCGUCUAAUUGUAUAUUUGAACGCUGCCACCAAUAAUAAAGCUGCUACAGUCCUGACAAGCUUUUUAGAAGGUGUCAACCUGUAUGGUGUGCCGUCACGUGUGAGGUCAGAUAAAGGUGGGGAGAAUAUCGAUGUUGCUCAUUUCAUGGUUUCCACUAGAGGAGAGAACAGAAACUCACACAUCACAGGGAAGAGUGUCCACAAUCAGAGGAUUGAAAGGUUGUGGAGAGAUGUUUAUGCUGGAGUGCUUGAUCUCUUCUACACAAUCUUCACCAACCUUGAGAAUGACGGGCUUCUGAAUCCAGAUGAUGAAGUGCAUCUCUAUGCCCUCCAACGGUGUUUCUUGCCACAUGUACAGAAACACCUUCAGUACUUUCAGGAUGGCUGGAACCACCACAAGUUGCGGACAGAAGGAAACCAGUCACCAAUACAGCUCUGGUUAAGUCAUCAACUUCAAGACCCUAUCCAGGCUGGGGAUGUGGGUAGGGAUACUGGGGCAGUGCAUAUAAAUGCUGUGUAUGUGGGCGAUAAUGGUGCUGAGGCGGGGGUUACCAAUGUGGAGCUGCCUGUGAAGGUGGAGAUGCACAUCUGUUUCUCUGAUGCCAUAAUUGCUGAAGAAAAGAUGCAGAAUGCAGCAGCACGUCUUGUUUUCAAUGAGCCCAAGAGGGCUCAUGUUACACCGCUUCUAAUUUCUCUGCACUGGCUUCCAGUUGCAGCUUGCAUCAAGUUCAAGUCAUUGUUGCUCGCCUACAGAACAGCCACGGGCUCUGCACCCUCCUACCUCCGCUCUCAUCACUUCCAGAAGCCUGCAGUCCGAAAAUGA